CCGGAUGUUCGCGGGAUGUAUGCGUCAAUGCUCGAGGUGGUGAAUGCUGGCAAGCUUCGACGGACAGCUGGAUGACGUUGAGGGGAGCCAGAACAGUAGUAGUAUUCGCCACACUAGCCACACCUGACGUAGGCCCGCACUGCGCAAUUGAAUCUGUUGGAGGUAACCUUAUAAGCGUGUAAAUCGUCUGAUGGACGUCACAAUGCUCGAAGCGACCACUAGAUGCCCGCAUGUCUUGACUCAUGCCCUCCAUACGCCUGGUGCUUUCCAGACGGUCCACAGGGAGGAGUGUACGCUGUGCUUUGACUCUCAGGAUGACGCAGAGGGAAUCGACGUCUGCCUGGACUGCUUCGCCUCUGGCUGUGUCGGUGAGCGGAACCAUGCCGCAAUCCACCACCAACGCACCCAACACCCACUUUACCUCAAUAUCCGCCGAACGCCUAAACCGAAGCCGAGUAGAGACGGAGAAGGCGAGCCUCCGAGCAAGAUUAGUAAGCUCGCAAUUCCGGCGGAAAGUGAUGCGACGAACUAUGAUUUGCAUACUUCCGUGAGGUGCUACGCAUGUGAGGGGAGGGAGGUUGAUAUGGCACAGGGCAACCUUCCGUUGGUUGUAGAUGGGGUCAUGUCCUCCAUGGACGUAUCACAGAAGAAUGAGGUCAAGGCAUGGGAGAUGGAGCUCACGCCAUGUGAGCAUACAUUGUGUUUGAACCAGCAACCAGUCACCGCCGCACACCAGAUUACACAAUGCAACAACUGCGACCUGAAGGAGAAUCUGUGGAUGUGUCUCGAAUGCGGUAAUCUCGGCUGCGGCCGCUCACAAUUCGGGUCGACCGUGGGCGGAAACGGCCAUGGCGUCGCGCAUUUCGAGGGGACAAUGCAUCCAGUCUCUGUCAAGUUGGGCAGUUUGACAGCAGAGGGAACGGCCGAUAUUUAUUGUUACCUGUGUAAUGAGGAACGUGUUGAUCUGGAGUUGAAGGCGCAUUUGGCGCACUGGGGGAUUAAUAUUGCGGAGGCGGUCAAGACGGAGAAGAGUUUGACAGAGAUGCAACUCGAGCAGAAUUUGAAGUGGGAGUUUUCGAUGACCACCUCCGAUGGACAUUCUCUGCAGCCGCUCUUUGGGCCAUCGCUUACUGGGCUCAAGAACCUCGGAAACUCGUGUUACAUUAACUCUACUCUGCAGUGUCUCUUCAACAUCCCGGCAUUCCAGGAACGCUAUCUCCCAGGUUUCAAACAGCACCCAUACGAAUGCCCCAAACAAGAUUCCGGAGAGUGUAUGGAUUGUCAAAUGGGAAAGGUGGCAGAUGGAUUGUUGAGUGGGAGGUACUCAGUGCUUUGGAAACCGGAGAUCAAGGGCGCGGAUGAAGAUCAACAACAGGAAGUCCCUCAUCAAAAGGGGUUGGCGCCGGGGAUGUUGAAGGCACUUGUGGGGAAGGGACAUGAGGAGUUCUCGACAAUGAGACAACAGGACGCAUUCGAGUUCUUUUUGCACCUCAUGAAACUCGUCGCGCGUAGCCAGCACCCCGCAAACACGACGGACCCAACCUCUGCAUUCCGUUUCGAGCUUGAACAGCGGUUGGAGUGCCUCUCGUGUCACCGUGUCCGGUACCGUACUGAUGAACAGGAUAACCUCUCUCUCGCCGUCCCCGUCCGGCAAAUCCCCUCCGAAGACGGCGCAGACCCGAAGUUCGAGGCAGUCACGCUGGAGGAGUGUCUUGAUAUCUUCACAGCGGACGAGAUGAUCGAGUACACCUGUAAAGCCUGCGGCGGGAAAGAUGGUGCGAAGAAGAGUGUUGGGUUUAAGACGUUCCCGGAGGUGUUGGUCGUCAAUGCGAGGAGGUUUGAAGUCGUUAAUUGGGUUCCGAUGAAGAGAGAUGUUCCGGUUAUCGUGUCCGAUGCUGCAUUUUCGUUGGAUAAGUAUGCUGCGAAGGGUCAACAGCCUGAUGAGACUCUCUUGCCGGAGGAUUCGGAGGAGGAGAAGGCGAAGAAGGAGAGACCUGUCGCGAAUGAGGCUGCGCUUUCACAGCUUGAGGCCAUGGGAUUCCCCCGCGUCCGCUCCGAGAAGGCGUUGUUCGCGACCGGCAACUCAGACCCUGAAGUCGCGAUGAACUGGCUCUUUGCGCACAUGGACGACCCCGACAUUGACGAUCCUAUUGCUGACGAUGACGCCGCAGCUGGAGGUGCCGGUGCAGGUGCAGGUGCGGAGGUCGAUGAAGCCAGUGUAGCAAUGAUUGUGGAUAUGGGAUUCUCCGUCGCGCAGGGAAAGAAGGCACUCAAAGAGACCGGAGGCGAUAUGGAACGAGCCGUCGAAUGGCUCUUCUCGCACCCUGACGAUGUCGGGGAAGUUGAGUCGUCCACCUCUUCCUCUGCUCCUGCCGACAGCAACAAAGUACCAGCCGGACGGGAGGGCCCAGCGAGCUUCAAAUUGGAUGGGAUUUGCUGUCAUAAGGGUGCGAGUAUCCACGCUGGUCACUACAUCGCUUUGGCGAAAAAGAAGGUCCAGGGAGACGCAGGCGAGGAGGAGGCGUGGGUCUUGUUUAAUGAUGAGAAGGUUGUUAGGGCUGGGGAGGAGAAUGUGCAGGAGGGAAAGAGGUUUGCGUAUGUGUAUUUCUUCAGGAGGGCGUGAUC